AUGAGUGCUGUAAAUUUAAAAUCCAAAUCAGUUAUUGCAAGAAAAGAUCGUCAAAAAACUUUGCAAGAACUUCAAAUUAGUGAAGAGUUAAAAAAACAAGCAGAAGAGUUAACAAUUGGCUAUAAGUUUGAGAAUUGGGAACACAUAGAUCAAGUAUUAUAUACUUAUGAUAAAACAAAAGGAUUCAUUUGGAGAUUACAAAAUACUUAUUACCGAGUUGAUAAGAGUAUUAAAAAAGUAUUUGAAUGCCAUCAUGCAGGCAAACCACGAUCAAACACAAAAAAUAAUACGACACAAGCAAAAAAAUCUUCACGAGUUGAAUGCACAUGUUAUAUUAAUAUUUGUUGGCCAAAAACUGAUUCAAAUCCACAUGUAACAACAUUCGAACCAGAACAUGCAAAUUAUACUCUUAAUCUUGUAACAGCAAAAUUUGCACCAUCAUAUCGUAGCCUGCCAGAACCAGUUUUAGAUCGAAUUAGUUUUUAUAUUAAUAACUCACCUAGGAUAGGUAGUUUUAUGAUUAGAAAUCUUUUAAUUGCUGAAUUUUCCCAACAUACUCUUUUAGAAAGGGAUAUUGUCAAUGCAAUUCAACGUUUUAAACAAGAUAAUGUUUGUAAUAAGAUUAAUAAUCCAGAUAAUGAUGCAUUUUUGUUACUUAACAUGCUUGAAAAUCAGCAAAAUGAUGAUGCCGGAUUAUAUAUUGCUAAAAAAAUUAACAAUGGAAGAACAAAUAAAUAUUCAAUGGCUCUUUGUUUGUUUGUUGGUGUUGAUAAUCGAAAUCAUAUACGAGUUCUUGCACAAGCACUAUUAUCUGAUGAAACAUCAACAUCUUAUACAUGGGUUUUUGAACAACUAUUAAACGCGAAUGAUCAAAUUUUACUAUUGGUUCUGAUAAGCGAUGCAGAUACAGGACUUGAUGCAGCAGUAAAAACAUUUUUACCCACUGUGAAACAUAUUCACUGCAUAUUUCACAUUCGACAAAACUUGGACCGCCAUAUUCAAAGCUCCUUGGGCCAAAAUUAUCAUGAAUUUUUAGCUAAAUUUUAUUUAGCUUAUAAUAGUUUGAAUGAGGCUCUUUUUGAAGUUAGAUGGAACCAUUUAAUUGAAUUAUUCCCUUCUACCAAUAGUUAUUUAAUGGAAACAUUAGAUAAAAUUAAAGAAUCGUGGGCCAAAGCAUUUAUUUGCACAGUAAAUAAUUCUGAAGCUUUUAACGAAACUGAACCUGAUCCGGAUCUUACUGUUACUCAUGCAGAACAAACAUUUAUAGAUAUUAAUGGAAACCUUUCAUAUAUUAACAUAUCACAAUCACCAACGGUUCUUGAAAUGAAGAUUUUAGACGAAUUACAUGAAAAUGAAAAUACAAAUGAAUCAAAUUCAAAAACAAUUAUCAAUCCAUAUAUUGUUAAAUCAAAAGGAAGACCACGAAAUAAAAGAUUUAAAAGCUCUGUUGAAACUAAUAAAAGCUUUAAUAAGAAUAAUAACCCGAACAUUUAUAUUCAAAAUAAUAAAGAUGAGGCUG